UUCAAACUACCUGCCUAGCAAGUUAGCCGCUUAGCUAAUUUAGUAAACAAACAAGUUCACGUGCCGUGAAAAGUUUUAUUUAUAUACGACGUGAUUGUUACUGGGUUUUGAUUUAAACAACAUUAUGUCGUUUUUUUUAAGAAACCGAUUCUGGGCAUUAUCGGAAUAAUCGAGGCGCACUAAGGUUCAGCCAUUUUCGUUUCAAUGUGGCAAGGUAAGGGGCGUGUUGCUCAUAGCAUCGAUACGCAUUUCGAAUGAAUGGUGAUCGCAAGAGGACACAGCGAUAAUCAAGUACGGUCGUGUGGAGCAUGUGCAAUGAAAUUGAACGUUUGUCGCAAGUAUAGAUAUCGGUCUUUUAUUUUAAUGUGUUUAGUACUUUUAAAACACUGAGCUAGUUGGGGUUAGCUUGUUUUUUGCUUUAACAUUCUGCAUUUUGGUUAGGUAGACAUUCGCAGUUGGGAACGGAUUGAUCCCCCCCACCCCCACUUUCUUUACGCACGACUGUUAACGUUACAGGGCAGCGGCAGUGUUUCACUGACUUGUGAAAAUGAGUUUAAGUUCUCGACGGCUCGGUAGUUCGUCUCCUAAAAUGGGGGCGAUCCGGCAAAAGUUACAGUUUUCAGCGAGCGACGGAGAAGAUGAUCCGGUGGAAGAAGACGGGAACAGUAGCACAGGGGCUGAAUCUGGAUUCACAGAAAUUGACUCUCCUCUUCAACUGCGACGGAACGUGACAGGAAAAAGGAAUGAAUCCGGGAGCAGUCCACUGAACCAAACGGGCGAGGACGAUGAUAUCGAAUUCUGGGAUGAGGAAGGAUUCCUGACCCCGUCCCCUAUGAAACCACCGAGGCCUUUCACUAGGGGAAUCCCGUCUCCACGGAAAAGCCCCCGAAGUCCUGAACAUACUUCACUGGAGAGAGUGUACCACCGGGAAGACCGAGAAGGCUCGAGUUCUCCCAUUCCCGAUUGCCCGGACACACCACCCCAUAAAAGCUUGAGAAAGCUCCGUCUCUUUGAUACACCCCACACUCCAAAGAGUUUGCUGUCCAAAGCCAGGACAGCGACUGCGGAGUCUUCCAGCAGGAGAAUAGCCCUAUUCAGGAAUGUGGAUUCCUCAGGAAAACCCAACACGGACUGCAAGAGAAAAGAAACUCCACUCGUAAACAUCAACCCUUUCACACCGGACUCGCUACUUAUCCAUUCCGCAACUCUGCAAAAAAGCAGUAGGAAGCGAACUCACUGGGAUGACUCCUGUGAGGAGGAUAUGGAAGCCAGUGAUGCUGAACUUGAGGAGGAAAUCAUUCCUCCAUCAAAGAGGAUAACAAUAAUGGAAAGUAACAUGAUGUCCCGGUAUGCCACCGAGUUCCAUGAGUUGGAGAAAAUUGGCUCAGGCGAGUUUGGGUCAGUGUUCAAAUGUGUGAAAAGACUUGACGGCUACGUCUACGCGGUCAAGCGCUCCAAGAAGCCCCUGGCAGGCUCUGUGGAUGAGCAGAACGCACUCCGGGAGGUGUACGCCCACGCGGUGCUGGGACAGCACCCCCAUGUGGUCAGGUACUUCUCUGCUUGGGCGGAAGACGACCACAUGCUGAUACAGAACGAGUACUGCAAUGGAGGCACGCUCUCUGACGUUAUCGUAGAGAAGUGCAGGAGCAUGCGCUUCCUCUCUGAGCUGGAGCUGAGGGACCUGCUCCUGCAGGUGGCCCGAGGCCUCCGCUACAUCCACUCCAUGUCCCUGGUGCACAUGGACAUCAAGCCAAGCAACAUCUUCAUAUCCCGAAAGUCUGCCGCUUGCCUGGAUGAGUGUGAGGAGGAUGAAGUCCUGGCCACCAGUGUGGUCUAUAAAAUCGGCGAUCUUGGCCAUGUGACCAGGGUGAGUGAUCCUCAGGUGGAAGAGGGCGAUAGCAGGUUCUUGGCCAACGAGGUCCUACAAGAGGACUACAGAGACCUCACAAAAGCGGAUAUCUUUGCCCUGGCACUGACAGUGAUCAGUGCUUCUGGGGCUGAAGCACUGCCCUCCAAUGGAGACAGGUGGCACGACAUCCGGCAAGGAAGCCUACCACCUAUUCCGCAGGUGCUCUCUCCGGAGUUCCUCAGCUUGCUGAUGCUGAUGAUCCACCCGGACUCAGAGAGGAGGCCGUCGGCCUCGAGCCUGAUUAAGCACCCUGUCCUGCUCACGGCCUCCAGGAUGAGCGCCAAUCAGCUGCGGCAGGAACUCAACGCCGAGAAGUUUAAAAAUGCUCUGCUGCAGAAGGAGCUGCGCAAGGCUCAGAUGGCCAAGGCGGCAGCGGAGGAGAAGGUUUUGCACACAGACGGGGUGCUGACACGCUCCACCCUCCAGACCAGCAGCAGGGCGUCCCGGCUCAUCGGCAAGAAGAUGAACCGCUCUGUCAGCCUGACCAUUUACUGACCGGAGCGCACCGCAGCCCCGCUGGGGCGGGGAACCGCACAAACUCAAAAGCCCUCAACCAGGUGGAAUGUCCUGUAACUGCAGGAUCUUACAGCCUGGAGACUUUGGUUUUGCUUACACGGUUGGGUACUUGUUUUUAUAGAAUACGUAUAAAAACUGAAUUGAAGCUUGACCUGCAACCACAGACAUGCACGUUUGUCGCGGUGAAGACACUGUGCUCUGCAUCUAAAUGCUCCUGAUACAGCAGCCUUGCUGCCUGAUGGAGUGUGUUUGAUCAGGAGCAUUGGCCUUUUGUGUGAGCAAAGGACUACAGCUGUCUGCACCUUAACAGCCUAUACAAUACCUGAGGUCAGGUAACUACACUGGGUCAUUGGAUAAGUUUUAACUUAGCACUUUGAAGGCAAUGCUUUAACUUGCCAGGGGGAAAAAAAAAAUCUGCUGCUAUGAUUGUUUUGUUUGUAACGGUAGCCAGAGUUGGUGGAUUAUAACUUUUAAAUAUAAAUAUUUUAAAAUCCUUUUAAUCAGUUGUUUGUUAAUACACACACGUUUGUGUUGUCCAUUUUGUUUCAUAGAAUUUUGGUCCAUUAUGGUAUAAUUUUAAGCAUUUUAAAAAGUACAUUUGAAAAAAUGUAUCCACUUUGAUUUUAAUGUGUUUGGCUCUCAGAUGAUGGGGAAAUAAGUUUAUAGAAAGGAAUCAUGGAAUGUGAUGAAAGCCCUUUGUGUUCAUCCUUCCAACUGGAAUUAUGGAAUAUUUUUCAUCCCUCGGAAAGGUGUUACUGUCAAUAAGUCAAUACUUCUGACUGACCAAAUAAAAAUUAAAUGCAGUUUUUAGGAAAAGAAAUUUAAGUUCUUGUCCAUCCAAAUCUCGAGCCCACCCUGUAGCAUUAAUGGAAAUUCAUUGUUUCAGUCCAGAUUUUUGUAACAGAUUUCCCUUCUCUGUGAAUAAUGAAUCUUAUGCUGCUUGUGCCCUGCCAGUGCAUCAGCAAGUUUCUGUUUGUUCUCAUCGUGUUGUCUGUCAUCUUUACAGUUUCUUCUGUAAUUCA